GACCCAGGUUUCUCUUCGGUGAUUCAUGACAAACUCCAGGUUCCCAACACCAUUCGUAAGGCAUGGAAUGAGAAGGACAACAGAUGUGAUGUUUGUGCCACGCACCUGAACCAGUUGAAGCAAGAGGCCAUUCAGAUGGUGCUCACCUUAGAGCAGGCUGCCAACUCAGAACAUUAUGAUGCCUCGCCAGGCUCUCCCCCACCUCUUUCCAAUGUCCCCACAUUAGUAAGUCCCCGACACAUGGGCAGCCUGCAGCCCAGGGACUGGGCGUAUGUGCCUGCUCCUUAUGCUACAUCUAAUUACACAGGCUUUGUUGCCAACAAACACAGUGGAAAACCCAACAGUCUGGGUAUUGUCAACGGGGUGGAGAAGAAAAAUGGCUCUCCUGGACACCAAGCCAAGGUCAACUUUCAGAUGGCCACCAGCCCCAGCAAUGGUAAUGUCCUCAACUCUGUGGCUAUCCAGGCUCAUCAGUACCUCGAUGGCACCUGGUCUUUGUCAAGAACGAAUGGUGUCACUCUGUAUCCCUACCAAAUAUCUCAGCUUAUGACAGAGACUGGUCGAGAGGGCCUGACUGAAGCAGCAUUGAACCGCUACAAUGCAGAUAAACCCUCUUUGUAUAGCUUCCCUGUGUCCCAGAGCACAUACGUUGCCAGUGAAGUAUCCACAGGCACCUCGGUGGCAGCAUCAUUUUUUGCCAG